CAGCAUCACCGAAAAAGAAACGGAGGACGAAGAAAAUGGAAUACCACCCGUCAGUGGAGCAUUGGUCGUUCUCUUUUAAUUAUGCAAAGAGAUUCUUGGGGAAUUUGAAAGAGGCAAACGGCCGCUCGGUGGAUUGUCUGCAAAAGGAGACAUCUAUUGAAUUAAAGAAGGCCGCAGAUGUCACUUUCCGAAAUACACCUUCAAGAGGCCGUCGCCUAUUUGUGCCGCAACUUUCCCCAGGUACAAUAGAAUUGGUCACCUGGCUAAGCAUUAGUGACAACAAGUCGGACAAGUCGGACGAUGAACGUACGUUUUGGCUCACACCGCCCGUCAAUAGCAUAACCAAAGACAUCUCCUGGGUUGCGAAACCGCCUGCUGGCUGCAGGUUGACAGAUUAUUUAAAUUAUAUGCCAACCGGCAUACCGGCUUAUGUAACGAAAAAAUUGAAAAUCUUUAAUUUUAUUGAACAGUUUGAAAUUUGCCGAUUUUUCCGCCCAUUCGGCUAUAGCACUGAACUUGAUUCGUAUGCCAUUCCAAAACGGGGCUUCAACAGUGUAUGGACAUUAAUGGAAGGAGCCAACGUUGACCAG